ACCGCCACUAUCAUUUCAUAAACAGUUGCCAUUUUGUAGUUGGGGCAUAAAAUAAUAAUCGCCCUUAGUUAGUGAUAAAAGUAGUAUUUUACCCAGAUUGUUUUUCAGAAAGGUAUGGAAUCGCCUUAAAGUUGUUAAUUUGAGAAAAUUACUUAAUUUUUGAAGCAAACUCAGAGUUUAGUCCAUUAGCAAGGUAGUAAUUGAUCUUAGAAUACCAUAACAGGAAUUUACAUUAGCUUGAAAUGGGCAUCCAAAACAAAGAUUUCAUUGAUUUGCCAUUCAAAUUAGAAUAUACUGAUGAUGAUGAAGAAAUUGUUUACUUCUCGGGAGAUGAAACUGAAGGCCGCUUUAGUCCAUAUCAUAUUUGGGCAGUUCAACCAAAUGAAAUGAUUGAAACAGAUGAAUAUGAUUUUGAAGAUGAUGAGGACGAUGAUGAGUAUAAUCCUGCUGAUGAUGAGGACUUGUCAGAUUCUGAUAUACAAUAUGAUUCAGAAGACAGCCAAGAACAAGCCUAUUUUUCUGAUUCAAACAGUGAAGAUACUGAAUUAGCGGAGACCUCAGACAUUGAGCAAGGGACUGGCAAAGAAACAGAAGAAAAUAAAAUUUUAGUUACUAGGUCCACACAAGCCCCAAAUACUCAGUCAACAACAACAGCAGGAGCAGAAAGUGAUUCGUGUUCUGAUUCUUAUUAAUCUGUACUAAAUAUAAUAUUAAUAACUUACAUUCAUUAGGAUAGAUACUUUCUAUGCAGGUACUUUGUAAAAUCGGAUUUCUUAAAUUAUUCUAAAUUUAUAAUUAGAUUUAGAUUAGAUUAGAUUAGCCACUUUGUAUAAAAUUGAAAUCAAUUACAAUUACAGAGUACA